UGUUUUUAAAAGUUUGUAGGUUUAAGUGUUAGCUAACUUAAAAAGAUUAUCGUGUAAUAUCCUUUGUGAAAUUAUUUAAAUUGUUGAUAUUGUGCGAGCUGCUAAUAGGUCGGCUGUAGUACCAUGUAGAAAUAGUGUGUACCUACAUUGUAAUUACACUAGCGUACUUAUAAAUGAUGAAUUAUAUUGUUAUCCCGCCUCAAUGUGAAGGUUGACUGUGAUUGGAUCCCGAUGAAGUCAAAGUGUAAAGACAUCCACCAAUCAAGCAACCUUCCCUGCAUCUUGGAAACAUACCUGCCAUCUAGUGGUGGCAAAACGGCAGAGAAUGAAGACAGGCCUCAGCGUUGGAGGAAGAAGCUGACCCAGAGCAGAGAGACUGGGCCUGGGGGUCAGAAUCACCCUGGGAGUGCUGCUAGUGACCCAGACAGCGUCAGUCGCCAGGCUCUGCUAGAUCAGCGCCAUCUAGAGGCGUACAGAAACAUGCACCGUCUCAGAGACAUCCUGUACCGUCGAUACUCUGCCAUGCUCAGAGAUAAGAUACACACACAGAGACAGGAGAUACAACGCCGUGCUGCGGCAGCUGGAGUCACCGAGGAUAAACACAUACCGAAACUGAGGAAGCUGACCUGUUCUACUCUCUCCCAUGACAACACAUACCUGAGGUCUCUUCCUCAAACCAGCUACUACCUGAUCUUGGACCUUCAGAACCAGUUGUCUCGGCAUGGUUGUCUGAAGACCCUCCAGGACCAAGAGGACUUCUGUUUUAUGGUUAACCACCACCACCACCACAACCGUGGUCCAGUCCAGCUGCAGAGAACACUACAGGAGAUCAGGAAGAGGAUGAUUGGCAGCCGCUCCGCACCUGAUGUGAUGUCAGCGGGAUGGGGUUGGAGUCAGCAGGAGAUGUCAGUACAGACCCCUAGAAUUCACGUCACCACAGAGGCAAGACACCUGGACCGGAUUGUCCAUUCAGAGACAGGGAGAGGGCUUAUGCCGGGAGAGAGACUUCCAGAAAGAGGGGCUGGGAAGAGACUUCCAGAAAGAGGGGCUGGGGAGAGACUUCCAGAAAGAGGGGCUGGGGAGAGACUUCCAGAAAGAGGGGCUGGGAAGAGACUUCCAGAAAGAGGGGCUGGGGAGAACUCUGCAGCCUUCCUCCUCUCACAGCAGGAACAGGACUACACGGAGCAAAUGUUUCCCAAGGUGAAGGUUCCCAAGUUUGCAACCCUUCAGCCUAGUUUUCUGAAGAACUUGAAGACGGUGAUGCCAACUGUGGGAGUUGAGGAGAUACCUGAGAAGAGUAAGAGAGCAGAGAUGACUGUGAGGAUGCUGAGACACAUGCACAGCCAGUCCCUUACCAACAUGGCUGUCUCUCAGAGACUGCUACUGGACAGAGACAGACACUCACUGUGCUGCUGCUGGGAACAGAAGAGGAGUUUCGAAGAUUUGACGCAGUAUGUAUUUCCGAGUGUUCACUCUGACGAAGAGAAGAAGAAGAGAUGUGCUGGGAACCUCCCUCCUCUCCUUCCUCCUCUCCUUCCUCUCCCUCCUCCUCCGUCCUACCAGGAAUGGACCAGGAUCGACCCAGAUGAUUCAGAGGUCCCUAGCCUGGCCCUGGAAGAGCUUGGGCUGAGGACCAUACCCUCUGCUGGAAACACAGAAAUAUGUAGCAAGACUCCUGAGCCUUUAUCCAUAGAAGAUGUGUGUCAACGCAACCCUUCAGGGGUGAUACAUUGUGGAUAUAAGCUUUGGAGGAAUUAUGACGAGGAGACAGCCUAUUGAGUAUCUUCGUUUGAUGUGAAGGCCACUAGGCUACACCAAUCACCAAUCACCAAUACCAUGAAUGAGAUAAAAAGAUUAUGAGAUUAUGUAUUAUUUUGACACCAGUUCACUGAGAGAGCAGUUCACUUAGAGACCAGUUCACAGAGACCAGUUCACUGAGAGACCAGUUCACUGAGAGACCAGUUCACUGAGAGACCAGUUCACUUAGAGACCAGUUCACUUAGAGACCAGUUCACUGAGAGACCAGUUCACUGAGACCAGUUCACUGAGAGACCAGUUCACUGAGACCAGUUCACUGAGAGACCAGUUCACUGAGACCAGUUCACAGAGAGACCAGUUCACUUAGAGACCAGUUCACAGAGAGACCAGUUCACAGAGAGACCAGUUCACAGAGAGACCAGUUCACAGAGAGACCAGUUCACUCUGGAUUCCUAUUGUGUUUGUCUUCGACUAUAUCAACAACAACAAAACGAUAUAGAUGGUAAAAUUUCAAAUGAUUUUACAAAUAAAAUGUAUUAUUAGCAGUAUGUGUUUUAUAUCAACAUUGAGUAAAGAACUAAAGGCAAAUAACGAAUAGAAAAGCAAUUAUUUAACUACCAAUUCUUUUUUAAGAGAAAUAUAACCCAUGUGUAUUUAGAACGACACGUUCUACUCACUCGAUUGAUUCUGAUUGUGAAUGAUUUAAGCUAAUAAUAAAACUUGCUAAGAAGUUGAUUUUUUGACGCGCCUGUUGCUAUGGUUAUUGUUUAAUCGUUAAGGCCUGGAGUGCAUUUCCUGUGUUUUGUCACCUACCUGACUACAUCCCAGGACUCAAAAAUAACAUCUUUAUUAAUAGGCCUCACCUUUAAUCAUGGCCUUCGUGGGAAAUGGUUUGUAAAUGAUUUCAGUCAGGACUAUUAUUGACGAGGAAAAGCAGAAUUUAAAAAAAAAUAAUGUGGUAAAAUAUAAACUGCUUUAUUGGAGGAAAACGUCCAAGUAUGUAUUUUGCAGAGAAAGUUUAAAAAAAAAAACAAAUAUAAUUAAAAUAUUUCCUGUCUAUCUGAUUAGAGCUUGAGCAUCAGACAUAAAUGUAUUUAUGCAUUCGACUAUAGGUCUGAGUCCUACCCAUCAGAACACACAGUCUUCAGUAUAGAGCUUAGUAAAACCAGAAAGAAAUACCUUAACGUUAAAAUCUCAGUUUCUUUCUGCAGGUGUGUCGUUGAUAUAGGCUACUGUAUGUGUAAAUAUGGACAGAUUGAAGUAAUAAAGCAAUUCAGAUUGGCUGGUGAGCCAUCGACUUCAGACACAUUACCCAUCCUUCCUAGUCCGACUCAUAUGGCCGCACUCAACCAAUGGCUGACCAGACAGCAUACACCAGAGCAAAGAACAGCCAACCAGCGAUCAUCCAGAACUAUCCGGCGAUGGACUGAUUUAGGAGUAGGCUAUAUAUUUGUGUACCAUGUGUAUGUGACAAAUAAAAUUUGAUUUGAUUUGAUUUGAUUUGGAAACUUUCAAUCUAAUGGAGAAGAUUGAUAUAUUCAAGAGGUACAGUGGGGCAAAAAAGUAUUUAGUCAGCCACCAAUUGUGCAAGUUCUCCCACUUAAAAAGAUGAGAGAGGCCUGUAAUUUUCAUCAUAGGUACACUCCAACUAC